AUGUGGGGGAAACUUCUGUCAGUAUUCAAAGGCAAAAGUCCAGAAGGGCACGCCUCCCGCCCACCCAACCAACGACAUUCAUCAACUCCUGCCGACCCAUUCGGCGACGAUGUGGCCGAAGACGAAGAAGAAUCAACUCCGCCCUCGAGCGAGAAUCGAGAUGACUCUGUAGUCCGUAUCCACCACAGUCUGGAACGGGCGCUCGGGCGUGAUUCGCGGGACGAGGAUACUCUUGACGCCGAGGAUGACGACGACAACGUCCCCCUUCGCCAACGCAAGACGCUGGAAGAGGAUAUCGAGCUUGCCAGGGAACUGUCUCAGGAACUGCAGCGCCAGUCCGACGAGCUGACACGGCGUUCAAGGACCAACGAACGCGUGUCGGCCUCCACGGACAAGUCUGCAUAA